AUGGGUUCCGUCGGCGGUUUAACACCAAACCAGGUCCAGUUGAUCAAAGCAACUGUACCAGUGUUGUCCGCACACGGCAACACUAUCACCAGCGUCUUCUACGAGAAUGUCAUCAGGGAAAACCCAGUCCUAAACAACAUCUUCAACAUCCCCAACCAGCGCAACGGCAACCAGCCUCGCGCUCUAGCCGGCGCUUUAUUCGCCUACGCCUCUAACAUCGACAACCUUGGCGCUCUUACCCCAGCCGUGGAAUUGAUCUGUCAAAGACAUGCAUCCCUCUACAUCCAGCCCGACUCCUACAAAAUAGUUGGCAAAUACCUCCUGGAAGCCAUGGCCCAAGUCCUCGGCGAUGCGCUCACCCCCGAAAUCCUAGACGCCUGGACAGCAGCCUACAACCAAUUGGCCGAUAUCAUGAUCGGCCGCGAACACCAGAUCUACGAACAGAGCCAGGGAUGGACCGAUUGGCGCGAUUUCGAGAUUAAGCAGAAAGUCCCUGAAUCAGAGGACUCGGACAUCGUGUCUUUCUACCUGCACCCCGUCGACGGCAAGCCGCUACCCGCUUUCAAGCCUGGACAGUACAUCUCCGUGCAGGUCUAUGUCCCAGAGCUCAAGUACCUGCAGCCUCGCCAGUACUCGCUCAGCCACAAGCAUGACCCGGAGUUCUACCGCAUCAGCGUGAAGAGAGAGAAGGGGCUGGCUCUGAGUGAUGAAGCUGACGCGAUCGCUCAACCUGGCUACGUGUCUAAUCUUCUCCACGAUAAAUUCAACCCAGGCGACAAGAUCAAGGUUUCCCACCCGGCCGGCGAUUUCUUCUACUCGGGCAACGAGGCUGCCAACCCCAUCGUUUUGAUCUCCGCUGGUGUGGGUCUGACCCCUCUCACCUCCAUCGUCAACACAUUAACUUCCAAGCCAUCCGAACGCGAAAUCCACUACAUCCACGGCUCCAGGACCUCAGAUGCGCGCGCUUUCACAGAAUACGUCACGUCCCUGAAACAACACUACCCCAGUCUCCGGACAACCUUUUUCACCAGCCAGCCCUCCGCAAAGGACAAGGAAGGUGUGGAUUACGCGUACGCUGGACGCGUGGAUCUGAGCAAGCUCUCUUCCCAGGAUCUGUUUAUCCAGAACCCGGCUACAGAGUACUAUAUCUGUGGACCUGAGUCUUUCAUGACCGACAUGGAGUCCAGUCUGAAAGCCCAGGGAGUGAGCGAUGAUCGGAUCAAGAUGGAACGUUUCGGAACAGGCGGUAUCCCGCAAUAA